AUGAAGGGAAGCUUCCUCCCUUUGUUGAGUAAAGCACAGAAAAAAGCUCGCCGUAAUGGCGACGCGAAAGUAAACGUUGCGCCGACGACACCACCGUCCGCCGACCGACCAAAAACACAUCGAGCUCCGCGGCAUCGCGUCCAUCCGCGAUCUCCACGCGCGAGCACAGGAUCAAACAAGCGGUCUCGAAUCUGAACUGGAUGCCGGAGAGGAAGAGCCGGUCCCGGUUCGCAAGCAUCCGGCUAGGUCGAUCGCCGGCGGGGCUCUCCUCGUCGCCGUCGCGACGGCGUGGGAGCGGGAGCGGAGGGCGGAGGGUUCGGCUGGCGGUGCGCCCCGCGCCGGCGUCGCGGUCGCUGCCGCGGCGGGAGGGGAGCAGGGCCCUCGCGCGCUCCGCGUCCGAGCCGGCGCUCUUGUUGAGCGGCGGGCGCGUCCACCCCGAGCCGCGGGGGCUCUCCCCGCCGUCCCCGCCUCCGCCGCCGCUGGAGCGUCCGCACACCUGCUUCGACGUCUUCACCCCGGACUCCCCCUUCGGCCGCUCCGCCUCCGCCGCCUCCCUGUCCAACUGCAAUCCCAGGGAGGUACAGAAGUGGACUGUUGUUGUUGUUAGCCGCGCGGUUCGCGGGAGUGAAUUGGCUGGGCUUCGUUUGGUGCAGGAAUCAAAGGUGGUGGUGAGCGUGACAGUCGAGGGGAGCGUCGGGCCUGUGAAGGCGAUGGUUCGGCUGGGUGCGAGUGUUGGGGAGGCGAUCGCAGCCGUGGUGGAGAGGUACGCGAAGGAGGGGAGAAGCCCACGUUUGGAUCCAGCUGCCGCGGAGGCCUUCCAGCUCCACCACUCCCACUUCUGCCUCCAGAGUUUGAACAAAAACGAUAAGAUUGGAGACGUGGGAGGUAGAAAUUUCUACCUACACAAGAACGAUGGAAAUAACAGGAUUUACCUCCAAAGUGAAGAAUCUGGUACAAAUUUGGUUGGUGGUGAAAUUGCACACAGCUUUGGAGGACAACAGAUUGUUGCUAUAAACCACGACCAGUUCUUUGCCAUUUUCAUCAAGAAGCUAGAUAAAAUUGGCAGGCUGACAAAAAGGAUUUGGAGGUUACUAACUUGUAAUUGUACAUGACCUGACCCUGUGGAUGGUUUGGUAAGGAUCCAUCCAAGUAGCAGCUUAAGAGUAUAGGGUAGAGUAUAAAUCUUAGCAUCAGUAAACCGGUGUGGUACCAUUAUACUUAGGCCUAGCCCAAAAUCUCUCACUGCUGCAAGCAUCUUUCUUCAGAUUAUUAACCUUGAAGAGGAUGAUAGGUGAAACACAGUACUAGAGGUUUCAAGCACCUUCCUACUAAGAUGUCAGCUCCUUUUAUCCGUAGCUGACUGUGUUGUGGAUUACAAGAAGUGCAAUAGGAAAACAAAAUGGGUUACCAAAGGCUUUGCAUCAGUUUUCGUUUUA